AUGUCCACUGGUUCAGUGAGCGACCCCGAGGAGCUGGAGCUGCGUGGGUUGCAGCGGGGGUAUCCAGUCUCCGCCUCCACCAGGCCGCCCCUCCACAGCGCCGAUCGCAGCUAUGCCUCGCCCAGUGACAACUCCUCUGCCGAGGAGGAGGACCCCGACGGCGAGGAAGAGCGCGGCGCGCUGGGCGCGGCCAGUGACCCUGGAGGCUGCAAAAGGAAGCGACCUCGCGUGGCGGCUAGCGUCGGCAGGAGCGGCAACCACAGCGGCAGCAACAACAAAAAGCCCCUUCCGCCCAAGGGCUCGAUCGCUGAGUGUAAGCAGUCACAGAGAAACGCGGCCAAUGCCCGCGAGCGCGCCCGGAUGCGCGUGCUGAGCAAAGCCUUCUCCAGGCUCAAGACCAGUCUGCCCUGGGUGCCCCCAGACACCAAGCUCUCCAAGCUGGACACGCUCCGGCUAGCGUCCAGUUACAUCGCUCACCUGCGCCAGCUGUUGCAGGAGGACCGCUAUGAGAACGGCUACGUGCAUCCAGUGAACCUGACAUGGCCAUUCGUAGUCUCUGGACGACCCGAUUCUGAUACCAAAGACGUUUCUGCAGCCAACAGACUAUGUGGAACCACCGCUUAG